AAAAGGCCGAGAUUAUAGAUGACACUAUCCGGAUUCCGUACGAUAGGUUUAUUUUCCGAUUCUUGUUUCGGUUUAACAUUUGAAGUGCAACUGAUAACGUUGAUUCGGAGUUAUAUCAAAAGACCUGUCAUUUUAAGUUGAAAAAGCAUGGCAGAAGAACAAGAUGACGUCACAUUUCUGAGCACCCUUGAUGACGUAGGGAAGAAGAAGGCGAAGGAAGAGUUGAAUGAGUUAAACGACAAGGAUCGGGCGUUAGCAGUACAGAGCCUCAGAGGGUGGGUUCUACAACAGAAAUGGCUCAGAGCACCCACCGGUAUGGCCUCUCGCGUUUCCAUAGAUUUCGGGUUUCUAUUACGGUUUCUGCGUGCCCGGAAGUUCAGCCAACUUGCAGCAAGACAGACUUUAGAGAACUACUGGAAGCAGAAGACAAAGUCCCCCGCCUGGUUCCGUGAUGUCGACCCGACAGAUAAGACUCUCAUUGAAAUAAUAAAAACAGGAUUCUACUUGAUUCCCAGGGCCAAGGACAAACACGGUCAGCGCUUGAUCAUCGAACGUAAAGGUGUACUGGACAUGACACACGUUAAAAAGGUUUGGGGUAUUGAUAACGUCUUUAAGGCCAUCUGUCUCAUGUGCGACCACUUAAACAGGGAUGAAACCGUUCAAGUCUACGGUCUAAGUGUCGUCAUUGACAACACAGACCUCACCAUUGGCCACUUCAGGACUUUGCUGGGCCAGGAGUAUGGACAAAAGAUUAUGGACUAUUAUCAGAACUCGUUGCCUGCUCGGGUAAAAGGGAUCCAUCUGUACAAUGAGUUGGCGCUCUUCGAUGCCGUCUGGUCACUAGUUAGCCCCCUAUUGAAGCAGAAGACAAAAGAUCGGAUGCAUUUACACGGUCGAAAUUUGACGAAAUUGUACGACGAGUUGGGCAUGGAUUGUCUGCCGACGGAGUACCUCCCCGACGACUACGACGGACCGUCGCCAGGAAACUGUCAACAAAUCAUUGACGACAUGCUGUCGGAUCUGCAGUCUCCGGAGUUCUGCACCUACAUCAAGGAUCUCUCCAGCGACAAAUAUGGCGUCGACGUUGACCUUCUCAAACAGAGUGACGAACCUGCUGCCUCGUUCAGGAAGCUCAAUGUCGAUUAAUAUAAAUGUCAGUUGCGAAUGUUUAGUUAACUUUUAUACAUCGCGUCAUUGGAAUGCAAAAUUCAAAAGUUUCUAAGCAAUUGGAGCUGUCUUUUACAAACGGCGGGAAAGCUGUAAUUUUAAUUGAAAAUGAUGUCUGUAUUAAAAGUUGUGGUUUGCUAUAAAAUGUUAUUUAUGUGUUUAUAACUGUUUCUUGUUAUUCAUUAAGAAAUAUAAUCGAAGUGUUAAAGAGGAUUAAAGUUACAUAUCUUACGAAUAUUUUAUUGUUAAAGUAAACGUGUUCCACCUGAUGCAAAUAUUGAGUAUACUAUUAUAGCUGUUGUGAAAAUUUCCCUUUAGUCUUUUAUUAUUGUUGCAGUUUAGAUUGUAUACAGUAAAAACUGCUUUGCAGGUCUAUUAUA